GAGUAGGAGCUGAAUCUUCCAGUCGGUAGAGUGGAGCGAGUCCAGGAGGGGAGACCUGAGGACUUCACCGUUUCUGUCUGUAAGAGUUAGCAAUAUGUUUUAGCCCUUUUCAGGUGGCUCUCUAAGCAAGUUUAAAGACAUGGCAGCCUCUGAACUUUACUCCAAGAAUGCCCAUGUUUGGCUCCCAGACGCAGCAGACGUGUGGAAGUCUGCAGAGCUCCUCAAAGAUUACACUCCUGGAGACUUGACUCUGUCCCUGCAGCUGGAGGAUGGCACGGCUGUGGAGCACAAAAUAGACCCCAAAACUAAAAACCUGCCCCCUCUCAGAAACCCCAACAUCCUGGAGGGAGAAAAUGACCUCACAGCUCUCAGCUACCUCCACGAGCCAGCAGUGCUACACAACCUUAAAGUGCGCUUUAUCGACUCCAAGCUGAUUUACACCUACUGUGGAAUUGUCCUGGUUGCCAUCAAUCCCUAUGAGAGCCUGCCUAUCUAUGAAGCUGAUAUCAUUAAUGCCUACAGUGGGCAAAACAUGGGGGAUAUGGACCCUCAUAUCUUUGCAGUAGCUGAGGAAGCAUACAAACAAAUGGCCAGAGAUCAAAGGAAUCAGUCCAUCAUAGUAAGUGGUGAAUCCGGUGCAGGCAAAACGGUUUCAGCUAAAUACGCCAUGCGUUACUUUGCCACAGUCAGCAGCUCGUCUGGAGAGACCAAUGUUGAGGAGAGAGUUCUUGCAUCUAGUCCAAUCAUGGAGGCCUUCGGGAACGCCAAGACUACAAGGAAUGACAACAGCAGUCGCUUUGGGAAGUACAUUGAGAUCGGGUUUGACAAGGAUCUCUGUAUAAUCGGUGCUAACAUGAGAACCUACUUACUAGAAAAGUCCAGAGUUGUGUUUCAGGCUCAUGGAGAAAGAAACUACCAUAUAUUUUACCAACUGUGUGCCUCUUCACAUCUACCAGAAUUUAAGACCUUCAAAUUAGGUUGUCCAGAUGACUUCUGCUGCACUAACCAGGGUCAGAGUCCAGUCAUAGAUGGAGUCAAUGAUGCCAAAGACAUGUCCAACACCAGGAGGGCAUUCUCACUGUUAGGAAUUGGUGAAAGUGAUCAAGUGGAAAUUUACCAAAUUCUGUCAGCUGUUCUCCAUCUGAGCAACGUGGAUGUGAAAGAUCAGUCAGCAGACAGAUGCAGCAUCUUGCCAGAUAAUUCCCACCUGAUGGUUUUCUGUGAGCUCAUGGGGGUACCCUGUGAAGAAAUGGCCCACUGGUUAUGCCACAGGAAACUCCAGACGACCACAGAAACCUUUGUGAAGUCUUUUUCUAAAGCAAAUGCUGUCCAUGGCAGGGAUGCCCUGGCCAAACAUAUUUAUGCCAGACUCUUCAACUGGAUCGUGAGCAGUAUUAACAAUGCCCUAACAUCUGCAGUGAAACAACGCUCAUUUAUUGGUGUGCUUGACAUUUAUGGGUUUGAAACAUUUGAUGUCAACAGCUUUGAGCAGUUUUGCAUCAACUACGCCAAUGAAAAGCUUCAGCAGCAGUUCAACCUGCAUGUCUUCAAGCUUGAACAAGAGGAAUACAUGAAGGAGGAGAUUCCCUGGACCCUGAUCGACUUCUAUGACAACCAGCCAUGCAUUAACCUCAUUGAGGCCAAGCUUGGCAUCCUGGACCUUCUGGAUGAGGAGUGCAAAAUGCCCAAAGGCUCUGACGACACAUGGGCUCAGAAACUGUACAACACCCACUUGAAGCAGAACACUUACUUUGAUAAACCCAGGUUAUCAAACAAAGCUUUCAUCAUCCACCACUUUGCUGACAAGGUGGAGUACCAGUGUGUCGGAUUCCUGGAGAAAAAUAAGGACACAGUCAACGAGGAACAGAUUAAUGUGCUGAAAAAGAGCAAGUUUGAUUUGCUGCUAAAACUGUUCGAGGAUGAAGAAAAAACAAAAGUGUCAACUAACAAGUUUUCUGGUACUACUGGAAAAGCUGGGAAGGCUCAAAAGGACACUAAGAAGACUGUUGGACUGCAGUUUCGACAGUCUCUGCACUUGCUAAUGGACACACUAAAUGCUACAACGCCUCAUUAUGUGCGCUGCAUCAAACCAAAUGACAUUAAAACUCCGUUCACUUUGGACCCGGUGAGAGCUGUCCAGCAGCUUCGAGCAUGUGGCGUCCUGGAAACAAUCCGUAUCUCUGCAGCAGGAUUCCCAUCCAGAUGGACCUAUCAGGAAUUCUUUGGCCGUUAUCGAGUCCUGAUGAAGCAAAAGGAAGUGCUGCCUGAUAGAAAACAAACCUGCAAAAAUCUCAUGGAAAAACUUAUUAAGGACCAACAGAAGUACCAGUUUGGCAAAAGCAAGAUCUUCUUCAGGGCUGGCCUGGUGGCUUACUUGGAGAAGCUGCGUUCUGACAAACUGCGUUCAGCUUGUGUCAGCAUCCAGAAGACCAUCCGCUGCUGGCUCGCUCGCGGAAAGUAUCUGAGGAUGAGAGAAUCCGCCAUCAUCAUUCAGAAGCAUGUACGGGCCCACCAAGCACGCAGUUAUGUCAAGUUUCUGCGGCAGACCAAAGCAGCUGUUGUUAUUCAGCGCAACAUGCGAAUGUGGUCUAAAAAGAGAUGCUUCCUGCAGCAGCGCUCUGCAGCUGUCACUAUUCAGCGUGUUUGGAGGGGUCAUAUGGCCAGGAAGCAGUACUUUAAGUUGCUGCAUGAGCACAAGGCAGUGGUAAUUCAAAAGGCGGUGAGAGGCUGGUUGGCCAAGCAGCGUUUCAGACGCUCCAUGAAGGCUGUCAUCCUGCUGCAGAGCUGUGUGCGCCGCAUGAUGGCCAAGAAAGAAUUAAAGAAGCUGAAAGUGGAGGCGCGAUCCGUGGAGCACUUCAAAAAGCUCAACAUUGGCAUGGAGAACAAGAUCAUGCAGUUGCAGCACAAGAUAAAUGAACAACAUAAAGAACACGGAGAGCUCACAGAGAGGCUUAGUGUUCUGGAGAAGACCCACACUACUGAGAGAGAAAAACAGUGCAGAGAUAUAGAAAACCUGCGCAGAUCAGAGCAGGAGGCCAGAGCUAAAGCUGAGACGGUUCCUUCGCUGCUGGAGCAGCUCUCCUUCCUUCAGGAGGAGCUGGAAAGUAGCCGCAGAGAGAAGGAAGACCUGGAGGUGCAGACAAAGACUUUCAAAGAACGGACGCAAGAGACGAUCCAUGAGCUGAAUAUGAAGAACAACUUGCUAAAUAGCAACAUAGAAGAACUGAACGAGGAAUUCUCCAUACAGGCUCAGCAGUUGAAAGAAGUAAAAACUAACUUGGAGAACACCAAACAACUGGAGAAGGAUUUAACAGAAGAGCGCUCUCGCUACCAAAAUCUGCUGAGUGAACAUCUGCAACUGGAGGAACGGCACAAGGACCUCCAGGAGGAGAUGAGCGUCAGUAUAAUUUCAAGCAAAUGCAGUCACCAGAGAACGGACUCCAACUACAGCAGUAACUCAUCUGAGUUUUCUCAAAGUUUGAGUUCUACUGAAGAUGAACACAACCCCACAGCAGAGCAGGAUAAGGUGCAGACAAAAGUGGACCUGCCCAUUCUUCUGAAGCAACAAAAAAGAGUGAAGGAGCUAGAGAAGGAAAAUCGAUCUUUAUGGCAACAGCUGGAUAAAAAAGAGGAGGCCCAACAUGAAAAAGCAAAAGAGGUGGAGAAGCAGACAACAGCUGGCAGAACAGAACUGGAUGUAGAAAAAUUGAAGCGGCAAGAGCUGGAGUCAGAGAACAAGAAACUGAAGCAGGAUCUCAGUGAGCUGAGGAAGUCUCUGACCAGUGAGAACAGUGAUAUGGCGCCCCCUGCUCCUGGUUCUUUGCCCUACAACAUCCUGCUGGAACAACUCAGCUCUUCCAACGAGGAGCUGGAGAUGCGUAAAGAGGAGGUGUUGCUCCUUCGUUCACAUAUGGUCCGUCAGGAAGCUCUUAAGCACAGGGGCUCUGUACUUGGAGAAGGUGUGAAACUGGAUCUCGGUGAAAUCCACUCAUUCCAAGAUCCUGACAGGUCCACUGAUAUUCAUACACUGAAUGAAGAUGGAGAGUUGUGGCUUGCUUAUGAAGGGUUGAAAGAGACCAAUAGGCUUCUGGAGACCCAGAUGCAGGAGCAGGAGUGUCUUCACAGUGAGAAGUACAGGAAGCUAGAGGAGGAGAUGAACAAACUGAGGACUGAAAAGGAGCAACAACAAAAGCUGCUGGCUCAGAGCCUCCUUUUGCCUGAUGAUGCCCGAGUGGAGGCAAGCCUGAAGCACGAGAUAACACGGCUCACGACUGAGAAUCUGGAACGAAUGGAGCAACAAGAAAAUCAAGAUAAAACAAUACGCAAGUUGAAAAAACAACUCAAACUGUACAUGAAAAAAGUGGAAGAUCUAGAAGCGAGCUCUCACCAGAUAAUUGGCUCUUCUGUGACGAGCACCCCUGUCAGGCCUGUGCAUAUAACCCGCAAGGAGAAGGAGUUCCAGGGCAUGUUGGAGUUCAAGGAGGGGGACACGAGCCGUUUGCUUAAAAACCUGGUCAUAGAUCUGAAGCCUCGUGGCGUCGCAGUCAGCUUCACUCCUGGGCUUCCUGCCUUCAUCAUCUUCAUGUGCCUUCGAUAUGCAGACAACGUGAACGACGACAGGAGACUCAGCACUCUCCUCAAUUCUACCAUCAGCAGCAUCAAAGGGGUCAUCAAGAAAAAAGGAAAUGAUUUUGAGGUGGUCUCCUUCUGGCUGGCCAACACGUGCCGGUUAAUGCACUGUCUGAAGCAGUACAGCGGAGAUGAGGUGUUUAUGGUGCACAACACUGCUAAGCAGAAUGAGCAAAGCCUGGCAAAUUUUGAGCUGUCAGAGUACCAUCAGCUUUUUGGUGAUCUGGCCAUCCAAAUUUACCGUCAGCUCAUCAAAAGCAUGGAGAACAUCCUGAUACCCCUGAUAGUACCGUGCAUGCUGGAGCAUGAGACAGUACAGGGAGUUUUAGGCUCCAAACCAACCGGCCUGAGAAAGAGGAGCUCCAAUUUCCCGGAGGAGGCUGUGACAGUGGAAGUCCUCCUGCAGCAUCUCAGCUUCUUCCACACCACCAUCAAUCAACACGGGAUGGACUCAGACAUCAUCAAACAGGUGGUCAGACAGCAGUUUUACAUCAUCUCUGCCGUGACACUGAAUAAUCUGCUGCUGAGGAAGGACAUGUGCUCUUGGGGUAAAGGCCUACAGAUCAGGUACAACGUUUGGCAGCUGGAAGAGUGGCUGGCAGAGAGAAAGCUGACCGACUCUGGUGCAAAGGAAACUCUAGAUCCUCUCAUACAGGCCGCACAGCUUUUACAAAUCAAGAAAAACACUGAAGCUGAUGCCCAAGCAAUCUGCAGCAUGUGCUCCUCCCUCACCACAGCACAGAUUGUUAAAAUCUUGACCUUGUACACCCCUGUGAUUGAGUUUGAAGAAAGAGUGUCAAACGCGUUCAUCAUCACUAUUAAAAACCUUUUGAAAGGCAGAGAUGAGUCCUCCAGCCUAAUGAUGGACGCCAAGAAGAUAUUCUCUGUCACAUUCCCAUUCACGCCUUCCUCUGUGGCUCUGGAGACCAUUCAGAUCCCAACGAGCCUCAAUCUGGGCUUCCUUAUCCGCGUCUAGAUUGGACCUCUGAUGAUUGCACCUUGUUCUUCUAAUCCUGUUUAAAAGUGGAAAUAAACACCAAAGACUGUUUUCUAUGAAAGUUUGUAUCUAAAAAAAAUUUAAGAAGCUAACAGUUAUUUAUAGAUGUGUGGCCUCUGUUUUUUUUUUUUUCCAAGAAUGCAAUACAAAGAGUAAUAACUGACUGAACAGAAAAUGUGUAAAAAUGUCUCUUAAAUAAAAAAUUCUGAAUUUUA